UACAUAAACCUUUUUAUUUCAUCACAUCAAUUUGUGAAAUCCUAAAUACUACCUAGCUACCUUCAUUCUCCAAUAUGGCCACAAUGAAGCCAUUGGUAACAGACCUUGUUUCCACCCUUGAUCAUGUCCCUUCAAAUUUUAUCAGACCCAUUGGUGAUCGUCCAGAUCUUCAACUUCAAUUCACCACCACAGAUUCUAUUCCUACCAUUGAUCUUCAAGGCCUUGAUGCAUCAAAUCGUUCUGAAAUCAUCCAAAAGAUUGCACAUGCAUGUCGAAAUUAUGGUUUUUUUCAAAUUGUGAAUCAUGGAGUUCCAGAGGAGGUUAUAAAUAACAUGAUGAGUGUGUCAAAAGAAUUCUUCAAUUUACCAGAAAGUGAAAGAAUGAAGAAUUACUCAGAUGAUCCAUUAAAGACAACUAGACUUUCCACUAGUUUCAAUGUGAAGACCGAGAAAGUUUCAAAUUGGAGAGACUACUUGAGACUUCAUUGUCAUCCUCUUGAAGAUUAUGUUCAUGAAUGGCCUGCCAACCCACCUUCUUUCAGAGAGGAUGUAGCAGAGUAUAGCAGACAAUUGAGAAGGCUAGCAUUGAGAUUGCUUGAUGCAAUAUCAGAAAGUUUAGGUUUGGAAAAGGAUUACAUAAACAACACACUUGGCAAACAUGGACAACACAUGGCUAUUAACUACUACCCUCCAUGUCCUGAACCAGACCUAACUUAUGGUUUGCCAGCACAUGCUGACCCAAAUGUCAUUACCAUUUUGUUGCAAAAUGAUGUGGCUGGUUUGCAAGUCCUUAAGGAUGGUAAAUGGGUAACUAUUAACCCUGUUCCUAAUACCUUCAUUGUCAAUAUUGGUGACCAAAUUCAGGUGAUAAGCAAUGAUAGGUACAAGAGUGUGCUACAUCGAGCAUUGGUAAAUAGUGAGAAAGAGAGGAUGUCCAUUCCAACGUUCUACUGUCCAUCACCAGAUGCAAUCAUAAGACCAGCUCCUCAACUCAUAGACAAUUAUCAUACUGUUCAAUACAAAGAGUUUGAAUACAAUGAAUACUACAACAAAUUCUGGAAUAGAGGACUUUCAAAAGAAACAUGUGUGGACAUGUUCAAGGUUUAGAUUUGUAGUAGUUUCUAGAUUUCAUCUCCUUUUGAAGUGAAGGCACAUGAACAAUAUGAACUUUUGAUGAAAUGUCUUAGUUUUUUAAUUUUAAUAAUAGAUCCUUUUGGACUUGAGUUGAA